CGAUCAACGACGAACGGAGCUGAAGGAGUUCCAUCUCUCUCACACGGAGAAGCGCCUGAGGUUGCGUCGUCUAGGUUGUGGCGGCGACAUCAUUCUCGAAGGAUGGAUCCUCGAGAGAGUCUCGUCUCUCUCUCACGGAGGCGAGCCAGGGCUUGAGUCGUCUUGUUCGUGACGGCGACAUCAUCGUCGACGAACAGACCCUCGAUCGGUGCCUGAUUCGACUCAUGGUGAACGCCCCCUGCCUCACCUCUCUUUCUCACAGACGCAUUAACUUCUCGACGCGCUGUGAUUUUACCACAACCCGCUCUAGACGUUGUCAGCGCUAUAUACAGCAGUAAAUCAUCACCAUACCUCCCUCAAAAUGGCUGACGGAAAGGACGGAACCAUGUUCUCCUGGACGAACCAGAUCGGAUUCAGCCAGCCCCAUUCCAAGGUCGCCGAGCUGACUCGCGCCCACCACCCCCUUCUCAUCAACAUCCAAGGCCUCCCCGGCUCGGGCAAGACCCACCUCCUCCACGAGCUCAAACGUAUCCUUCCCGCAAAAGACUACGCCUUCUUCGAAACCUGGAAGAUCAUCUCCCUUCUCUCGCAUGGCCUUGACAACUUCGUGAGCUUCAUGCCUCACAACAAGCUCAGAAUGCGCAAGGACGCCACCGUCGAGAUCGCCAGAGACUGCACGGUUGUGGACAAGGUUGGCAUUGCCACUGGCUAUCACUACCUCUGGGACGAGAUGGGCGAGGGAAGCCAGGAUAUUGAUACCCCUGUCGACACUGAUGCUUAUGACAUGGUGUUGUGGUUACAAGUUCCUGUCGAGGAGCUUGCUGACAGACGUAUGAGUGAACCGGGCACCGGACGCAGAGCUCUUCACACCGACGAGCAGAAGAACACGCAGUUUCUUGGAGAGUGGCAGGAUGGCGAGCGCGAAAGGCUCCAGAAGAUCUGCGGUGAGAACAACGUCCAGUUCGAGUGCAUCGACGUGGGUACUACCACCAGCGAAGACGUUGCAGAGCUAGUGCGCAAGAAAAAGGGCAUGUGAACAGCAUGUGAACAGCAGGUGAAGGAAGAAGAAGGAGCGACAGAGCUCAAAGCGGCGUCAAACCAAACAUGUCGUUUGGCAUGCGAAAUGAACAAUAAUCAUAAGGAAGGAAGCAAGCAUGCGGGUCAUCAG